GGACAAAAUGGCGGCGCCCAGGCGGACGCGUGUUUAGCGGGCUCGGCUUUUUCCCCCUUCAAGCGGCCGCCUCCGAGGCCAGCAUGUCGCGGCUGAUUGUGAAGAAUCUGCCCAAUGGGAUCAAGGAAGAACGCUUUCGCCACCUCUUUGCCGCCUUUGGGACGCUGACCGAUUGCUGCUUGAAAUUCACCAAGGAUGGCAAAUUCCGCAAAUUUGGGUUUAUUGGCUUUCAGUCGGAAGAAGACGCCAAAACCGCCCAGUCUCAUUUCAACAAAAGCUUCAUAGACACGUCCAAAGUCACGGUUGAAGUAUGUAAGUCUUUUGGGGAUCCAUCAAAGCCCAAAGCUUGGAGCAAACAUUCGAGUAAGCCCCAGCUGUUAAAGGAAACCCCUAAAAAACCUACGAAGAAUUCAGACCACGCAGAAAAGAAACAAGAUGGACCAAAGAAGAAAAACAAAGCAGGACAAUUGAAAGAGCUGGAAGGAGAAACAGCGUUUCAAGACUUUUUGGCAGUCCAUCAGAAACGGUCCCAGGUUGCAACUUGGUCUAAUGACACUAAAGCUGAGGAACGUCCUGAGGUGGUUGGAGAUUAUCUGAACUUUGAUUCCGAUGAGGACUCGAGCGAGGAGAUGGAUGCGACGGUUGCUUCAAAGAAAGGCAAAAGCUCUCCGAGUAAAGCAGCAGUCCAGCAACAGCUCUCCGACAUGGAUUAUUUGCGAUCCAAAGUCGUGAAGGGGGACGAAUCCUCGCCUUCGUCGGCAGAGGAGAGCGAGGACGAGGAGAUGGACAGUGAGGCGUCUGAUGGAGGAGAAAAAGAAGAAGAAGAAGAAGAAGAAGAGAUGGAAAAGAAGACCAGCCUCAAGCCAGGUGCUGUUUCUGACACCAAGACCAAGCUAACGGGAAAAGUCAAGGUCCAGAAUCUCACGGAGGACACCAAGGGUACCAAAAUGACAUCACAGGAAAACAGAUCAGACGCAGCCGGUGAGCCCACCACAGCAUUCACAGUGAAAAUGCGGGGUGCCCCCUUCAAUGUCACAGAGCAAAACGUGAAAGAGUUUUUCGUGCCACUUCGGCCCCUGGCCAUCCGGAUUGCAAGGAACGCACACGGGAACAAGACAGGCUACGUAUUCGUCGAUUUUAACACAGAGGAAGAACAACAGAAAGCCCUAAAGAGGGAUCGAGAAUACAUGGGCGGUCGGUACAUUGAGCUGUUUCCAGAAGAGAGGGGCGCUAAGGGGAAGCCCUCUGAGAAGGGACCCGGCCAGGUUUGGCAGAGAACCAAAAAAGACGAUGAGGAGGAAGAAGACCUCUCGGAAUCCGGAAGGCUCUUCGUGAGGAACCUUCCUUACACCUGCACGGAAGAAGAAUUGGAGGCCAUCUUUGCCAAACACGGGCCUCUCUCCGAGAUCCACUUCCCUAUUGAUGGCCUGACCAAGAGGCCCAAAGGCUUUGCGUUUGUCACCUACAUGUUUCCUGAGCAUGCUGUGAAGGCCUUUGCAGAAGUGGAUGGACAGGUGUUCCAGGGCCGAAUGUUGCACGUAUUGCCUUCAACCAUCAAGAAGGAAGAAGCGGAGAGUUCAGAUGCUGCAGGCUCGUCUUCGUACAAGAAGCAAAAGGCCUCAAAAGAUAAAGCAAACAGCUUGAGCUCUCACAACUGGAACACCCUCUUCAUGGGAACGAAUGCCGUGGCAGACGCUGUGGCGCACAAAUACAACGCGACCAAGAGUCAAGUGUUGGAUCACGAAGGCAAGGGCAGUGUGGCCGUGAGGGUGGCACUUGGGGAAACCGAGCUCGUUCAAAACGUGCGCCGGUUCCUGCUUGACAACGGAGUCAGCCUGGAUUCCUUCAGCCAGGCGGCUGGAGAACGGAGCAAGACGGUGAUUUUGGUGAAGAACCUGCCUGCUGGCACGAAGGUGGAGCAGCUGGAGGAAGUCUUCGGGCCUUUCGGUAGCCUGGGUCGGGUCCUGCUCCCCGAAGGAGGAGUGACAGCCAUCGUGGAGUUCCUGGAACCCACCGAAGCGAAAAAGGCAUUCGCCAAGUUGGCCUACUCCAAGUUCCAGCAUAUCCCUCUCUACCUCGAAUGGGCGCCCAUGGGGGUCUUUUCUGGUCCCGGGAGAAAAAUGUCAGAGGUCGAAGAGCAAAAAGAAGGCGAGGAACAAACCCAGAGAGGGGUUUCCGAAAAAAGUGAUGCUCCGAAGGAAAUGGAGGAGGAGGAAGAGGAGGAGGAGGAGGAAGAAGAAGAAGAAGAAGAAAGCCUUCCAGGCUGUACCAUUUUCAUAAAAAACCUCAACUUCAGCACGACAGAAGACACGCUAAAAGAGUUUUUUUCCAAAGCUGGCGUUGUGCGGAGUUGCACCGUCUCAAAGAAGAAAGAUAAAACCGGCAACCUCCUCUCCAUGGGGUUUGGAUUUGUGGAGUACAAGAAACCGGAAUACGCCCAGAAAGCGGUCAAGCAAUUACAGGGUUGCUCUGUGGACGGCCAUCAGCUGGAAGUGAAAAUCUCGGAAAGAGCCACCAAGUCCGCCGUGGGAACCGCUCGUCGGAAGCAAGUCAGCAAGAAGCAAGUGAAUUCCAAGAUAUUGGUACGGAAUAUCCCCUUCCAGGCCACGGUGAAAGAGAUCAGAGAACUUUUCAGCACCUUUGGAGAGCUGAAGACGGUCCGCCUGCCGAAGAAAAUGUUUGGAACAGGAACUCAUCGCGGCUUCGGCUUUGUGGAUUUCCUGACCAAGCAGGAUGCCAAGAGAGCAUUCGGUGCCCUGUGCCAUAGUACCCAUCUGUACGGCAGGAGGCUGGUGCUGGAAUGGGCGGAUUCGGAGGAAACCGUAGAGUCCCUGAGAAGAAAAACGGCAGAGCAUUUUCACGAUCCCCCUGUCAAGAAACAGCGGACAGCCAUUUUAGAAGAAAUCUUGGAGAAGCUCGAGGAUGAUGAAGGAGACAAUGAAGAGAAUAGCUAGAAUCGUCACUUCGAAACCUAAAGAGCCGAACGAUAAUCAAGGAGACCACGGGAAGACAACAAAUAUUUUAAAUUCCAACCGGAUCUCUUAAAAGAAGAUGCUUUAGGACAAAUAGCCAGAAGGAAACCAUCGUGCUUUAAAUUUCUCCUUGUCACCUGCCAAUCUGGGAAACCAGUUUUGGAUACCACCCCAUCAAACAAAACUUCAUAACUAUCUAGCAGGGAACAGUAUAAGUAUUCCUCCCACCCACCCCCCUUUUUUAAAAAAAUAAUGUGUAUGGGUUUUGGGUGGGGGGGCAAUGUACAUAAUUGCUCUGUAAAGAAUUUUGUGAAUGGACCCAUCCGAAUAAUAAUCUAAAAUAACAAUUCCUUCCUUUUUGAUGUCUGGUUUCUCUCCAUUUUCCCCAUUUAACCUUUUUAUUCCACCAGGCGGGCCUGGCCUAAUCUCUUUCCCUCUUUUCUUUUUAAACAUGCAAAUUUAAAUCUGUUUUUAAAUGA